GGACAGAGCCUGAGAGAGACUGAGCCUUAGACAGCCUGAAACAGCUGAACUGAAACAUGGAGCCAGGCCUGAGAAAGGAAAGAAGGAAAAGGAGAAUUAGGGGCACAGGAGAGCCCCCUAAGGGGGAGAGGCACUCUAACUCCAUCACCUCAAACCUGGGCAGCUGCGACCACAACCAAGCUAAGCACCGUGGGAUGGACAUUCAGAAAGACAGCUAAGGCCUGCAUUGGAAGCAGAAACUGAGUUCUCCUGGCCUGCAGCGAGGAGCCCAGCGUCCUGCCCCCACCCCAGGUGGGUAUCUGGGAUCCCUUCACACCAGGAGUCAGGCCCCCAAGCCCAGCAGGAGUGAAACCCCUCCGGCUGAUGAACGUGGCCCUUUCAACGCCAUGGCCUGCGGGGCCUGCCUUCUCGCCUGCGCCCCCCGCCUUGCCGGUCCGCAGCAAACGGGGCUAUUUCCGGCUCCCCCAACACAGUCUGGUUUUGCAGCCUGGGAGUGGCUGGAGGGGGAGCCGCCCCAGAGCUAGGGCUGCGCUCUGCCCGGAGCCCCAGUGGCCCUGAGUGUGUUGUUACCUGAUCUUUUGUGUGAUGUAUGUGUGGCAAGGAAAUUUGCAGUGACUUUGGAGCCCAGACUGAGGAAGCGGAGGUGGCGAAAAGAGAGACAAUACCAGCCCGAAGUACAAUUAAGGGGCCAGAGCCGCUCGUCUCUCCCCCGCCCUCCCUGCCCGACUGCGAGCUGUCUGGCCUCAAACCUCAGGGCGACACGCGAACCUGCAGCCGGAAACUCAGCCCGGGGCGGAGGUAGCCAGAGGACUCCCCAUUCAGAAAACAGGAGAAAAGCUCUCUUCCACCUCAGGGGCGCCAUAACUAGCCCCGCUGGUUUGUGGAGAAUCCAAUGAAUGAAAGUGCACAUUCCGACGAAUUUUCCCGAUCCCCCCCCCCCGCUUUUGGAAGGAAAGUACAGGGCUUCGAGCAUCUCAGACACACAAGCAAACCGCCAUCUCCUGAGGCAGACAGACUCACAACAUGAGUGUGAGCUUGAAAUCGUACACAGGUUCAACAUUCCCCGAGGAGGCCGCUUUGCCAGGCCUGGCGGGCGCCGAUCUCCCUACCUUCUCUCCCUCCAGGGCCUCAGGCAGAGAGACCCAGAAGACUCGGUCCCUCUAGCUCGAUCCAAUCCCGCCUCGGAAGCGCCUUCGUUACCUGCUUCUGGACUCCCCAUGGCUACAGAUGCAGGGCAGCCGCCUCCCGCCUGGGGAGGGAAGCCCUGGCCACCACAGCCGCUGCUGCCCGCCCUCCUUCCCUCCCUCCCUCUUUCUCACCCUCCCUCCCUUUCUCCCUCCCUCGCGCUGCCGCUCUCGGGGCCCUCCCGCGGGCAACCUGCUCUGGACCAAAUCCAGGUAUCUCCGAAAGAGAAAAAAGAAAGGACUUCUUAUGUGGAAAAGAAAGAAAGAAAGACCCUUAAGUGCAUGUAUUUUUCACGCUCUGACUGCGGGUUGGUCUCAGUUCAGACGUCCGGGACACCGCCCGCAGCCGCAGAGGUGUGCGGGGCCUGCUGCCUCGCCCGCGCUGACCGCCGCGCCUCGUGCUCUGAGCGCUCCACACUCUGGGCCGCCGCCCCCCGGCAGCCCAAACACCCAACAGACCUCAAGGUCCUUCCUACAGACUCAACAUCCGGUUGCCUGCCUUGCCACUGGCCCCAGCCCGGGAGCCCACUCCGCUCUGUCUGCGGCCAAAGUCCACACAAAUCCACCUUGUAGGUGCUCUUCCGCCCUGCCCGGACACCCCUCCUGGCCAGGCCGCCCUCCAGGCCACACUUGGGCUGCGGCCCUGCCUGCACCGGACUUCAAACCUCGUCCCCUUCACUACCGGUACAGAGCCCUGCGCCCUGGCCUUCCCUUCCACAGACCCCAGUUCCCGCGGCCGCCACCACUUCACCUGUUCUUGAGAAGGGCUGCAUCUCCGAGGCGACACAAGGCAGUGGGCCUGGGCGAGGUCCCAGGGAGGCCACAGACAAGCGGCCCUGCUGAGCCCCAGCCCCUGCAGCCGGCGAGAUAUCUCCAAGACCAAGGUUCUCUUUGGCGAGCUCUUGCCUUUUCCUCCUUCUCCCGCAAGUCUCAAACACUCACACGCCGAGAGUUCAGCUCUAUAAAUCCUGCUCCUCUUUCCCAUAUCAUAAUUAAAAAAAACCAGUAGGGGAGGUUUUAACUUUUAUUGCGAUUUCUGGA